UUGAGCACGGGCGGGGCCGACAGAGAUAACGGAGCAGGAAUCCCUCCGUCUGUUUUUGCUUUCAUUAUGGGGGCACGUCUUUUCAUAGUUAUGUGAAAUGCAUUAAACAUGUUAUGAAUUCUAGAGUGUGCCAUGUAAAGAGAUGAACAUGCUCGCCAAGGAUCUAGAAACACACUGAGCAUCUGUUUUUCUGUUUCCUCCUCUGGUCGGUCUCCCAUCACAGGGAUGUCUCUAGCUCAAAGGGUUUUGUUGACCUGGGUUUUCACCCUGGUCUUCCUCAUCAUGCUGGUACUUAAACUGGAUGGGAAGGUGCAGUGGAACUGGUUCCUCAUUUUCCUCCCAGUCUGGGUCUUUGACGGAAUCCUCAUCCUCAUGCUAGCUAUAAAGAUGGCAGGCCGUUGCAAGCCUGGUUAUGACCCGCGCAAUGGCUCCCCAGACCUGCGUCUGCGUGCCUGGUACCUGACAGCCAUGCUGCUAAAACUGGGCUUUUGCCUGACGCUGUGCGCCAAGUUGGAGAAGCUGGCGGAUGUAAAGCUGACGUUUGUGUGCAUACCUCUGUGGACCAUGCUGCUGGGGGCGCUAGUGGAGCUGGGGCUAAACAUCUUUCCUGAAAGGCGAGAAGCUUAAGAAGGACUGAACCUCAAAAUCAACAAUUAUCACACAAAAACUGUCAAGGAUAGAUAUGUCUCACUAUGACUUGACUUUGUUUUGGUCAUGAAAGGACUGUGAAGGAAUUAAAUAAUCAUCAGACAGGUGUAUAAUUAAAAUGACCAUACUGUGUUCAGACCAUCAAUAUUGCUUAAAGAGGUGGCUCUAUCUUCUUUCAUGAAAAAAAUGCCAACUGCAAAAACGAGAUUGAAGACUACUAUGAAUUCUACACUGGAAGAAACAUUGUUUGCUUGUUUGCUUAUCUUUUAGAGUCAAGACGCUCAGUAUUGUUUUCUAGUGUUUAUUUACCCUGUAUAUAAGCAGGCAAAGAAGGAACUGGUAAAUGAAGACUUCCUAUAUUUAAGUUUCAGAACUAUUACUUCCACUUUGGUACUAAAUCUUGAAGUGUGAAUUCUCUUUAGAUAUUGUGCAGCUGUACUUCCACACAUACAUGUUUCCUUUGCAUUCCUGAUUUGUAAGUGAAGCUAGCUAAAUGUUUCUUAAGUUGUAAAUUAAUUAUAUAUGUGGACAAGAUGGGGGUUUGUCUGCAGGCACAUGAAGAGAAAAGUCACAUUUUAGAUCAUUUAUGAAGUCUGCCCUUACAUGAAAGUGACUUUGAACAACUUGUGAUGCUUGUUAUUUCCACACAGACGGCCCCCUUUGCUCCUUAAAAACUCUCUUUUGUACCAGCAGAUCAUCACGUGCCCUGUGUUUGCUGUUUUUAGGUACAACGGUCUAAUAGUGCUUGAAGAAACAAUUGACAUGUGCAACUAUACCAUAGUUGGUAAAGAAAGUGAUUAACAGUCAGAUACAUGUAGGAGAACUGAAUAAAGGGUAGUUAUUACUGUGUAAAUUGAUCCCAUUUGAAUAUGUUUUGCCUGCAGCCGUAAUGUUUAUAUGUUAUGUUCACGGUACAGCUGACACUGCAACAUUUGUUUUGUGCCAUUCAAUUGUAAGUAUUUUUUUCUGCAUUAUUUUGCACAAUGUUGAAAUGACAAGGAGCGGAUGCUCAAUUUGGAAACUAUUGAUCAUUAAUGCUUGUCUUGUAAGAAAUAAACAGUUUCUGUACAUUG